CAUUUAUAAGACGAAAGAGCUACUUUCCUUUCCUCUUUCUUUUAUCCCUUCACAGUCGUUACUACCCCUCGCCCUUCGAUCCAUACAUUUUCGAGGACAGUCUCCCAUCGUCUUCCCUAAAGAAGAAAUUUCAGGGAGCUUAGCCCCAGUUGCGCGCGUUCUCCGCGCCGAUCUACAUACGCUUGCGCUUCUCCGCUCGCGUCUCCGCACGCGGAUUCGCUAAGUGCGCCGCUCUAUAAAAGCGGCCACUUGUUGAGCGAUGUGCAUUCCAACGAUUCGCUGCAACAAACGCGGAUAUAUUUCGAAGAGAUCGAGAAGACCGGAAACAACCCUGUAGACGGAUCCAACAGGUGUGAGCUUUCGGUGAAACCUGUCCUUUCGAUCGAACGAUCCGAUCCAUCCUUUAUCUUUUCUCAUCAUUUUUCCUCUUUCUCCUCGUCUCUACUAUUUCUCUCAUUUGGCUACGUCGAAAGCUACUAUUUUCGGCAAGAGAAUUCGAGAGAAUCACGGCGUUGGAUCAAGCGAAAGGAAUCUCUAAAAGGCCGAAGAAGCGGAACGAACUCGUCGAGCUACCCAUCGUUCGUCGAGGGACAAGGGCCCAAGAAAAAUAAGGAUUUCGAUCUUUCCGUCUUUCCGUCUUUUAAAGGAUAAACGAUGAAUCUCGAAGAAUAUCGUAAGCAUGGAAAGGAAAUGGUGGAUUAUAUCGCCGAUUAUCUCGAAAAUAUUCGUUCGAGACGAGUAUAUCCAGCCGUGUCACCAGGCUACCUGAGAAAUGUUCUACCUGCGUCAGCACCCGUCAACGGGGAACCAUGGGAGGAAAUAUUUGCAGACAUCGAGAGAUGCAUUAUGCCAGGUGUAACUCAUUGGCAAAGCCCUCAUAUGCACGCUUACUUUCCGGCACUGAACUCUCCGACGAGUUUGUUAGGCGACAUGUUGGCCGACGCUAUUAAUUGUCUCGGUUUCACUUGGGCUUCGAGUCCAGUGUGUACCGAAUUAGAAAUGAUCGUGAUGAAUUGGCUCGGUAAGAUGAUAGGUUUGCCUGAACAAUUUUUGCAUCGGCCUGGUGUGAACGGUGGUGGAGGUGUCAUUCAAACUACUGCGUCCGAAUCCACUCUUGUCUCUCUUCUUGCGGCAAGAACUCGUGCGAUCAGAGACGUUCAAGAAAGCGAAGGCGAUCAAACGCGGGCGGAUAUCAAUUCGCGCCUCGUAGCUUAUUGUUCCGAUCAGGCGCACUCGAGCGUAGAGAAGGCUGGACUUAUCGGAUUAGUAAAAAUGAGGUACAUCGAAUCGGAUGCGGAUCUUAGCAUGAGAGGCGAAGCUCUUCAAGAAGCUUUGGCUCGUGAUCGAGCUGACGGCUUGCUUCCAUUUUUCGUCUGCGCGACUUUGGGUACAACCGGUGCAUGUUCCUUCGACAAUCUCAUGGAAGUAGGCCCGAUAUGCGAAAAGAAUGGUCUGUGGUUACACAUCGAUGCUGCCUAUGCCGGAAGCGCCUUUAUCUGCCCGGAAUUUCGUGGUUGGCUUCAAGGAAUCGAGUAUGCCGAUUCUUUUGCUUUCAAUCCAAGCAAGUGGUUGAUGGUUCAUUUCGAUUGUACCGCUAUGUGGGUGAAAAAUAGCCAGGCUCUUCACAGAACUUUCAACGUGGAUCCUAUUUAUUUAAAGCACGAAAAUUCCGGACUCGCCAUUGAUUUCAUGCACUGGCAAAUACCGUUGUCAAAGAGAUUCAGAGCACUCAAACUUUGGUUUGUCAUCAGAAAUUACGGGAUUAGUGGACUUCAGAAGCACAUACGUGAGGGAGUAAGAUUAGCACAAAAGUUUGAAGCUUUGGUACUGGCUGAUACACGUUUUGAAAUUCCUGCUACGAGACAUUUAGGAAUGGUUGUAUUUCGUUUGCGAGGUGAGAACAACUGGACUGAAAGAUUGUUAAAGAAAAUGAAUUCCCGUGGUCGAGUGCAUUGCGUACCUGCUGCACUUCACGGAAAAUACGUCAUCAGAUUCACUGUCACUUCGACCAACACCACCAACGAAGAUAUAUUGAAAGAUUGGGCAGAAAUACGGAAUACGGCGAAUGAAAUUUUAGGUGACAGUUCUGGUUCACCAGUAAGAGCAAGAGUUCCAUUGGCAGAUACGCGCGAGAAGAACGAAAAUUUCGGUUCCAGUUUGUUGUUAGCUAAUUCACCGAUGUCACCGAAGAUCGUUAAUGGCAGUUUCGCGGCCAUAUACGACGCGACCGAUGUUUUCGAGGAAUGCAUGAAGAACUUUGGACAGCUGCGAGUCGAGGCAAAGGAUAGUCCAGCGAUGCGACGACGUAUUCGAGGUAUACUCAUGUCAGGAAAACAAUUUUCUUUAGAUUCUCGCAUGGAUCUCGUUCAAGGCUACGUAUGUUGUGGACGAUCAGCAGGACCGUCCACCGAUCUUCCUCAAAUGAAAGAGGACGAAGACGGUCUAUCCACCGUUGAAUCUACUAUGAGCAUCGACAAAAUCGACUCUGCCUACAACGAUAUUUCUCAAGAGAACUCUAUGCUACGAUCGGAGUCUGAUGAAUCGUAUGAUAAGAACUCGAAGAAGGAGAUAGCGAAAGCUCACUCGGGCUAUGGAAUAGCUAAUGGUUCGGUUGUCAAGCAAGAAAACGAAGGUCAAGACGUUUCGUCCAUGCCAUCCGGGGAGAAGGGUAUGCCCAGAAGCGAAACGAUCGGUGCGAUAGGACAUCGACCUUACACGGGUGAGCUCGUACCUCCACGUUUUCGAUCGGAGAAACCGAUCAAGGACAAAGAAGAAAUCGACAACGACGGUGGCGACGACGACGUUGGUGACGAAGACGGCAGGCUCUGUCAAAAGUGUGGUCACUCUUUCAAACGUCAGUAAAUCUCUUUUCCUUUCCUGUUAUUUUAUUUUUGUUCAUCUCGUUACGAAACACGACGUAGAUCGUCGACUUGAAGAGUCAUGAAAAUGUUAACGCGUUUAAGAUUA